AAAAUAUAUAAAGAAAAUAAAAAGAAUUAUUAUCCAGCAUAUAAAUGCGCCAUCAUUUCUUCAAACGAAAUAAAAAAAAUAAAAAAAUAUUUCUAUCUCGAUUCGAGCACUGUUCAGUCUCUCCCAGCAAGAGAAAAGUUCAGUUCGUUAUUGGCAGUUGCCAGUUACACGUGUCAUAUCAACUCUCAAUAAAAAAAAAAAAAAUUAAAAUAAUUAAUUUAAUUAAAAGUGUUUUAAAAUAAAAUUUAAGUUUGAAUUCUUCAUGUUUAUUUGUUAUAAAAAACAGCAGCAACAAUGAUUUGGAAUUAUUUUUUUUUGUUUAUUUUUAUUGAAUCAAUUCGAUCACAAGAUGUCAAAGAUGUUGGUAAUGAUAAAAUGGAAAAUAAAUUUGAAAAAUGUUGUGGUUUGGGUAAAUCAUGGGCAAAUGAAGGUCUUAAAUGUGAUAAAUUUAUUGGACCAGUAUCUGGUUUAUCACAAGUUGAACAAGGCUUAUGUCUUGAAGCUGUUGAUAUUUGUUGUAAUCGUGUUUAUCAUGAAAUAAGCUGUAAAAUUGGAAAAAAAAAAGCUAAAGAAGGUCUUGGAUGUACUGAUGAAACAAAUAAAAAGCUAGAAAAUGAUCAUUAUCAAAAAGAUUGUUGUGAAGGUUGUAAAUUAGGAAUUUUAACUGGUUCAAUGGGUCAAGGUUGUGCAUUUAAUGGUUUUUCAUUUGGUAUACCAUGGGAUCCAGCAUUUAUGGAGUGUUGUCAUGAAACUGAAUCACCAUCAAACACAUCAACAUCAACAACAAUAAAUAAUAAAAAAUCUACAACUGUUGUACCAACUGAAUCAACACCAACAUCAUCAUCUGAUCUUGAUCUUUCACUUGAAUUUACUGACGAUGAUAAUUCAACAUCAGCUGAAAAUACAAAGAGUAAAAAUAUUUGUACAAUAUUAAAGGGUUUAUUGUGUUCUGAUAUUUGUGUACCAGUUGAUGGUUCAUAUUAUUGUGACUGUCCAAAAGGCUGGGUUCUUCUUGAGGAUAAAAAAACAUGCAGAUCUGAGACUCCAAUUAAUCGAUGCGAAUCAGAUAAUCCAUGUGAACAUAGAUGCAAGGACAAUGGAACAGCUGUUAUAUGUGAUUGUGAUCCUGGUUUUAUUUUAGCUGAUGAUGGACACUCUUGUAAUCAAAAACCAACUGAAACAACAACCAUAAAAAUUACAACAUUAAAGCCAACUAAAAAAAAAAUUAAAACAACUAAAAAAAUAAUUUCUACUACUCAAAAAUUAAUAACAACAACAACACCAAAGCUAACAACAAUACCACCAACAACAAUACCAACAACAAUACCGACAACAAUACCAACAAUAAUACCAACAACAAUACCAACAACAACUGUUAAAAAAUUAACAACAAUAAAAAAUAAUAGAAAUGAAAAAUUAACAACUCGAUCAUCAAGCAACACUGAUAAUUUACCACAGUGUCCAAUUGGAUAUCAUUAUAAUCCAGAAGCUGGUGUCUGUGAUGACAUCAACGAGUGUGAAGAUGAUCAAGAAAUAUGUACAUUUGGAAAAUGUGAAAAUAAUAUUGGCUCUUAUAUUUGCCAUGAUAAUUUGCCGGAUGAGAGUUCAAUGAGGAAUGUGCUGAUCCAGCCAAUAACAGAUAUUAAAAAUAGAUGUCCACCUGGAUAUGAAUGGGAUCAUCAAGCUGAAAAUUGUCUAGAUAUUGAUGAGUGUGGUGUAUUGAUUGAUCAACCUUGUCCAAUUAAUACCCACUUGUGUGUUAAUACUCAUGGUAGUUAUUCUUGUCAUGAGCUGAGUGAAACAACUGGAUGUCCAGCUGGAUUUAAAUACAACACGUUUGAUAAAAAAUGUCAAGAUGUUGAUGAGUGCAAAGAAGAGCUUCAUGGUUGUUUAUCUGGUGUUGAAGUUUGUCGAAACACCGAGGGUGCUUAUGAGUGUGAUAUCAGCUGUCGUAAAGGUUUCGAAUUCAACAGAAACUCCAACAUGUGUAUUGAUAUCAAUGAAUGUGAGGAUAAUCCUUGUCCAUUGGAGAAACCAAUUUGUGUUAAUCUUCCAGGUUUUCAUCAAUGUAGAAAUAAAAGAAAAAUUAAAAAAAAAGAAAAUUUAAAAGCUACAUACAAAGAAAAUGAAAUUAUUGAUGAACAAAAAUUUGAAGAAUCAAUUAAAAAAGAAGAUACUAUUUUUAUUGAUCAAAAUAAUACUCUAGAUUUUAAUUUACAAUCAUCAUGUUCAUCGGGUUAUAAAAACAAUGGAAUUAAUUGUACAGAUAUUGAUGAGUGUACAGAUGGUCCAGGUUGUCAAGAACAUGAACGUUGUAUAAAUAAUCCAGGUGGUUAUGAUUGUUUACCUCUCUGUACAGCUGGAACAUUUUUUGAUAGAAUAUCUAAAACAUGUCAAGAUGUUAAUGAGUGUCUUCUUGGUCAGCACAGUUGUCUUGAAAAUGAAAUAUGUGAAAAUACAAAUGGCUCAUUUAUUUGUAAAGAACCACCAUCAUGUGAUCCUGGUCAUCGUCUUCAAAAUAAUUCUUGCAUUGACAUUGAUGAGUGUACUGACAAUACACACAAUUGUCAAGAAAAUCUUCAUCAAUAUUGUGUCAAUCGUUUGGGUAGUUUUGACUGUAUAACACGUCUUCCAAUUUGUGAAUUUGGCUUUAAUUUUUCACUGUCAACAAAUAAAUGUGAAGAUAUUGAUGAGUGUAAUGAUACAAUCAAAUCACCGUGUGAUGCUAGACUUGGAGAACGUUGUGUUAAUUUAAAUGGUACAUUUUCAUGUGAAAGACCGACAAUUAAUUUUAAUAAUAUUUAUCAAAGACGUGGUGCUUGUCCAUCUGGGUAUCGAUAUAAUUCACAGCAAAGAGAUUGUGAAGAUGUUGAUGAGUGUGCAGAACAUUUGGAUUCAUGUGGUACAGAAGUAUGUUAUAAUCAGCCAGGUGGUUAUACUUGUGCCAGUCGACCAUCACCAAUAACUCCAAGGCCAACACGUCAAGAGACUCAGCCACCACCAUCAUCAUCAGAUUCCAACGCUCAAAAAAAAUGUGCAACUGGUUUAAAAUACGUUAGAAAUCGUGGCUGUAUUGAUAUUAAUGAGUGUGAAGAAAUUGAAGAAGCUUGCACAAGUAAUGAAGAGUGUAUAAAUACAUCUGGAAGUUUUACUUGUAAAUGUAAAUUAGGAUUUAGACGUGAUAAUUUAACACAAGCAUGUGUUGAUAUAAAUGAAUGUCAAUUUCAACAAAAUGAUUGUUUACCAACACAAAGAUGUGACAAUACACUUGGAAGUUAUAUAUGCGUUAGAUUUUUAUCAUGUGGUACUGGUUACACACUUAAUGCUGCAACAGAAUCAUGUGAAGAUGAUGAUGAAUGUGUACUUGGUACACAUGAUUGUAGUAAUGGAUAUCAUUGUCGUAAUACUGUUGGUUCAUACAGAUGUGAUAAAAAUCAACGUGGUCAAGUUUUAACAACUACUAAAAAAAUUACAACAAGUACAACAUCUCGUCCUUUAUCAACAACAUCUCGUCCAUUAUCAACAACCACAAAAAUUCCAAUUAUAACAACAACAAUGACAACUGCAAUGACAACAAUUUUACCUGAAAUUGAUGCACCAAGAUCAUGUCCACCAGGUUUUUUACGUGGUUCAAGUAAUCAGUGUAUUGACAUUGAUGAGUGUCAGUAUGGAAGAUCAAAUCCUUGCUCAAGACAACCAAUGUCAAGAUGUGUAAAUACAAUUGGAUCAUAUCAGUGUGUAUCAAGAAAAAUAUGUGAACCAGGCUUCAAAGCUGAUUUACAAACAAGUAGAUGCAUUGAUAUUGAUGAAUGUGAAGAUGGUACACAUCAAUGUGGACGUGGACAAUUGUGUGAAAAUCUACCAGGUCGUUAUGCAUGCUCAUGUCCAAGGGGUUAUACAAUAGGUGAUAAUAAUAAUUGUCUUGAUAUAAAUGAGUGUAAAAUAUUUGGUAGAAAUCCAUGUGGUGGUAAUGGAAAAUGUGAAAAUACUGAUGGCUCAUAUAGAUGUGUAUGUGAAGAAGGUUUUGAAAAGCUAAAUGGUGAUAAUGUUUGUCAAGAUAUUGAUGAAUGCAGAAUUAAUUCAAAUACUUGUCAGCAUGAUUGUAUUAAUAUGUGGGGAAGUUAUAGAUGUACUUGUCAACAUGGCUAUCGAUUGAAUCAUCAUGACAAUAGAACAUGCAUUGAUAUUAAUGAGUGUGAAGAAUUUAAAGAAAAUAAUUUAUGUGUUGGAUUUUGUGAUAACACAAUGGGCAGUUAUUUAUGCAGAUGUCCAGAUGGUUAUCGUCUUAGUAGUGAUGGAAGAACAUGUCAGGAUAUUGAUGAGUGUUCAAGUGGACCAGUUUGCAGAGAUUUAAAUGACAUGUGUCAAAAUACUAGAGGUGGAUACAAGUGUAAUAAAAUUAAAUGUCCAAUUGGUUAUCAUCGAGAUGAAUAUCGUAAAAAUCGAUGUGUUAGAACAUCACGUUAUUGUCCAAGUGGUGAUCUCAGUUGCUUUCGUUCACCAUCUCAUUAUUCAUUUAAUUUUAUAACAUUUGUCAGUAUGUUUCCAAUACCAGAAUCAACUGGACAACUUGAAUUAUUUACAAUGAGAGGAACACAUUUACCUGGUUCAACAAUACAAUUUAAUAAAUCACUUGUUAAUGUUAGAUCACCACCAGGUCUUCCACGUGUUACUGAAUCAUAUUUUACAUUACGACAUCCAUCACCAUCAGAUGCUGUACUUUGUUUGUCAAGAAGUAUACCUGGACCACAAGAAAUUGAACUUGAAUUGAGCAUGGAAAUUUAUCAUGGUGAAGCAUUUGCUGGUAGUGCUGUUGCUAAAUUAUUUAUAUAUGUAACACAAUAUGAAUUUUAAUUAAUUAAAUUAAUAAUAAUUUAAUCAUUAAUUAUUAUUAUUAUUAUUAUUAUGAAAUAUAAUGUGUUAUAUUUUAUUUUGAAAAUAAAAAUUAUAAAAUCAUCUAGUUA